GUUCAUGAAUGGUGAACAUGCAUGACUGCAAAUGCAAAGGGUAGCGAAAGAAGUCCCGUCCAUAAAGGGUAACAGCUAGCCAAGCCAAAAAUGGCAGCAGCAAAGAUAAGCCUGAAGAUUUUGAUAGAGAAAAAGAGCCAACGGGUGAUCUUCGCUGAAGCAGACAAGAAAUUUGUUGAUUUCCUUUUUAGCAUUCUCACUCUGCCGGUCGGAACUGUCACAAGGCUCUUACAAAAGCACGACAUGGCAGGCUCCUUACAUAGCCUGUACAAGAGCUUUGAGAAUCUGAGUGAUGAUCUUUACCUUCAGCCAGAGCAAGACAAAGACUUCCUGCUGAAUCCAAUGGUAGCCAUUUAUGGUGCUAAAGUCCCUCUCCUCUUGCCAAGCGUCGAGCAACACUCAUAUUCAGCCAAGAAAUUUUAUAGGUGUAGUGCUAGCCACUGGUACUUCUGUCAGAACGUGGCUAAUGACCGGAGAGCAUUUUGUCCUUCGUGCAAUAAGUUAAUAACCAACGAGUUAAGAUACAUAGAUUACGUAGACCCAGUACCGAAGGAUACCAAGGCAUCCUCCUCUAGUGAGGGAGGUUACGUGAAAGGGGUGAUUACAUACAUGGUGAUGGAUGAUCUCGAUGUCAAGCCCAUGUCCAUCAUCUCUGCUAUCAUUUUAUUUACCAAAUUUAAUGUCACUGACGUAGGAGCUCUUGAGGAGAAGGUGGUCGAGUUGGGCAUGGAUGAGGGUGUGAAAUUGCUCAGGGCUUCUCUACAAUCAAGUACCGUUCUGACUGAUGUCUUCCUUCAGAAUGAUCAAAAGAUUCAGAACCAUAAUGUUAAGGAGGAGUUUGGAAUUGAAGGUGUUGAAUGAAUGACUCCGUGGGAUAAUUGAUCUAAAAAAGUAUCUGUGAGAUUUGUAUUGAGGUGUUUUAGUCGCAACAAUGUUUCUAUAUUCAUUUUCAUG